UCGGUGUUCUCUUAGCGCCAUUCAGUGCCCCCCAGAAACGACCAGUUAAUACAGGAGACAAAAAUCCCAAACAAUUUAUGAAAAUUGCCGAAUAACAUCACACAAACAUAUUCAUUAAAGUGCAUUAACAUUUAAAGACAUAAUGAGCUGUGAAGACGAAGUAUUGAAAAUCGGAAAGAAGUUGGAGAAGAUGAUUUCAAACAACACUGCCGAUCAUGGAGGAGCAGAUGAUAUGUUGAACCGAUUGAAAGAUAUCCCAAUGACCCUUUCUGUUCUGCAGAAAACUAGAAUUGGGAUGACAGUAAACAACUUUAGAAAAGCGGCAUCCAAGGAUGAAUUGGUGGCACUCUCAAAGACUCUUAUCAAGAGUUGGAAAAAACUUUUGUCCAAUGAUUCCACACCUACAAAAUCAGAGAAGAAGGAGAAAGAGAAGGAGAAACCUUCCGGAUCCCCUGAUCAGUCAGACAGUAAUUCAGAAAUGUCAGAAGCAACAGAUAGCCAGAGCAGCCACGGGAAAACAUUGAUGAGACAGGACUCUGAGGCAUCCAUUACCAAUGACCCAGUUAGACUCAAGUGUAGAGAGCUGCUGGCUUCGUCACUUAAAUUAGAUGAUGACAGUCAUAUUCCGAAUGCACAAUGCCCUAUAGAACUUGGUGGGAAAAUUGAAGAUGCUAUAUUUAUGGAAAUGAAAAACACAGAUCAAAAAUACAAAGCUCGAGUAAGAAGCAGAGUUGCCAAUCUGAAAGACAAGAAAAAUCCAAAAUUGAAAGAAAGAGUCAUUAUGGGUUUAAUACCUCCAGAAAAUCUUGCAGUCAUGUCUGCUGAGGAAAUGGCUAGUGAUGAAAUGAGAAUGCUGAGAGCCAAAUUCACCAAAGAAUCAAUCGACGACCAUCAGAUGGCCAGACAAGAAGGCACAGCUACAGAUCUGUUCAAGUGUGGAAAAUGUGGCAAGAAGAACUGUACAUACAAUCAGCUACAGACAAGAAGUUCUGAUGAACCUAUGACAACAUUUGUUUUCUGUUUGGAGUGUGGUAACAGAUGGAAGUUCUGCUAAUGUGAAGAAAUAAAGUCUCUUCAUGGGACAAGAAUAUGAAGCAGGCCAUGGUUUUCAGCCAUUACGAUCUACCAUUGUUAAAAAUGAUGCUGUUUCAGAUUCGGAAUUCUCCUACCGUUUUCCUCAUAUGUAAAUUAAACAUACACAUUUAUCAUUUUGUAUAUAAUUCAUUUUCUCAAGUUCUCAUGUGAAAUCGCCAUCAUUCAGAUUCUCGCUUCUUUUAUACCAGCAUGUCAGAAUUAGUGGUAAAUUAUUGUGUGAACGCUGGCCAUAAAAACAUUGAAAAUUGGUUUAAAUGCAUAAAAUAACAAGUGUAUAAAUAUUUUACUGAAACUUUGAAAUUUUGAAUGUAGUACUGUACUCAUUCAGAAGUCUUGCUUCCCUUCGUGUGCUAGUUUCUACAAGCAUUUUUGGAAGGUAAAAGUUUGGUUUUACCUUUUUAAAUUAUUUAGCUUUUAACCUCUUACCAUAGAUUUGAUGACUUUCCAAUUGAUCUUCAUUAUUGCAUAUUGACUUAUAAAGAGAAGAUUACAAUGUUUACCAAGUCUAGUAACUUUUCAAAGAAUUUGUUUACUAUACUGGUUAUUGCAGCAUUUAGAUUGGAAUUUACUGAAAAGUUUCGGUCAUUAGUCGUAGGGAAGCAUGUUAUUGAAUGAUAACAAACUACCUUCUGUCAUAGUGAAUCCUCUGUAGAUUUUAUGUGACGGAGGUACAGACACCAUUGUGAUACCGAGAAUGGUGAAUAUUUUCCUGCAUAUUUAUUAGUCUCUCUGGGUUUUGUUUUGUUUUUUUUACUUUUUUUUAUAUUAAACUUGAUAAAUGAUGUAGUUGUAUUUCUGUGUAACAUUUGUGACAAUAAGGCAAGUUUGUCUUGUCGUUGAAACACAAACUAUUUCUCCUGUCUUUAAGUAUGGGGCAAACUAGAAUUUUAUAAUGGAGACUUUAUUCCAAAUUGUUGGUGUGUGUACUUUUGUAAAAAUUUACCCUGUACAUGCAAAGGAUGUUUAACUGAUGUUUAACGUAUAAUGAUGUUGCCAGAUGACUUGUUACUAAUAAAGAAGUGUCAGAAUGAAAGCAA